UAGUUCAUAUCCAUCCUUCACUACAGGAAGCCUCAGAAUGGUACCGCAAACUCCAAAAAUCUUAGACACUAAUGACUAUUCACAAACAUUGGGGAUAUCACAGCAGAUAUUUAAAGAUGAUGAUGAAUUGGCAGGAACUGGGAAGCAAUCAUUAUGUACAGAGAGUAAUUUAGUCAUCAAACAAGAGGACAUGUAUGACUUAUCUAGUGAAAUGAUUAUCCCAGAAGAUAAACCACACACAUUUACUGAGUUUUCAAAAUGUAUUAAAGAAGGGAAAAGUCUACAAUCUAAACAAAUGAUUCAUACAAAGGAGAAACAGUUAAAAUGUACAGAAUGUGAGAAAAUCUUUAGAUGGAAGUCUCAUCUACUAGAACACCACAAAAUACACACAAGUGAGAAACCACACACAUGUACUGAGUGCAGCAAAUGUUUUACACGAAAGAGUGAGCUGAAAAAUCAUGAAAGGAUUCACACAGGGGAAAAGCCUUUCACAUGUACAGAGUGUGGAAAAUGUUUUACAGAGAAGAGUAGUCUGAAAAAGCAUGAAAGGAUUCACACAGGAGAAAAGCCUUUCACAUGUACAGAGUGUGGGAAAUGUUUUACAGGAUUGAGUACUCUGAAAUAUCAUGAAAGGAUUCACACAGGGGAAAAGCCUUUCACAUGUACAGAGUGUGGAAAAAGUUUUUCACAUAAGGGUAAUCUGAAAUCUCAUGAAAGGAUUCACACAGGAGAAAAGCCUUUCACAUGUACAGAGUGUGGAAAAAGUUUUAGACGAAUGAGUACUCUGAAAUUUCAUGAAAGGAUUCACACAGGAGAAAAACCUUUCACAUGUACAGAGUGUGGAAAAAGUUUUACACGAAUAGAUAGUCUGAAAACUCAUGAAAUGAGUCACACAGGAGAAAAGCCAUUCACAUGUACAGAAUGUGGAAAAAGUUUUACACGAAUAGAUAGUCUGAAAAGUCAUGAAAUGAGUCAUACAGGAGAAAAGCCAUUUACAUGUACAGAGUGUGGAAAAAGUUUUACACUAAAGAGUGAUCUGAAAAAGCAUGAAAGGAUUCACAAGGGA